CCAGCUGUACUUAACUUGCCUGCUCGAACUGUCGCGUGAGAUACUGCGCGAAGCGGUGCUCGAGAUUAUCACAGGCAGAAUCACAGACAGGACUUUUAUGAAUACCGGUAAGCAACAGAAGCCAGUGCUUACAGGCCAGCGGUUUAAGACCAGAAAAAGGGAUGAAAAGGAGAAGUUUGAGCCUACGGUUUUCCGAGACACUAUUGUUCAAGGCCUCAACGAAGCAGGUGGUGGAUUUACAUCAUUAACCAGUAACCUCACUUUCCCUCUCUCAGCUCCCGGGGGAACACGCAUUGACGAUGGGGACAAGACCAAGGUGACGGAGCACUGUAUGUUCAAGACGGAGGAAAACCACACUGCUGUCCGCAGCUAUGCUCAGAAUGAUAUACGUGUAAAGAGAUCUCCCGGGGGAACACGCAUUGACGAUGGGGACAAGACCAAGGUGACGGAGCACUGUAUGUUCAAGACGGAGGAAAACCACACUGCUGUCCGCAGCUAUGCUCAGGAACUCUUUCCUGCAAAUAAGCAGAAUGUGGAACACUUCUCAACGUACUUCACUGAGGCAGGACUGAAAGAGCUGUCAGACUUCCUGCGCACGCAGCAGUCUCUGGGCACACGCAAGGAACUUCAGAAAGAGCUUCAGGAGCGCCUGUCACAGCAGUGUCCCAUCAGAGAGAUUGUGGUGUAUGUGAAAGAGGAGAUGAAGAAAAAUGAUCUUCAGGAGCAGGCUGUGAUUGGCUUACUGUGGAGCUGCCUCAUGAAUGCUGUUGAAUGGAAUAAGAAAGAGGAGCUGGUCACCGAACAGGCCCUCAAACACCUGAAGCACUAUGCACCUCUCCUGGCUGUGUUCAGUACUCAGGGCCAAUCAGAGCUGGUCUUACUGCUCAAGAUUCAGGAGUACUGCUACGACAACAUCCACUUCAUGAAAUCCUUCUCCAAAAUAGUGGUGCUCUUCUACAAAGCUGAUGUCCUUAGUGAGGAGGCCAUAUUGAAAUGGUACAAAGAUGCUCAUGCUGCCAAAGGAAAAAGUGUAUUUCUGGAGCAAAUGAAGAAAUUUGUGGAGUGGCUUCACAAUGCAGAGGAAGAGUCUGAAUCAGAGGGGGAAGAUGACUAAUAAUUUUGAGGAUCCUGAAGAUUUUAUGGGUUUUACAUGGUCAGCUCUCUGUGACCAGCUUUUUAGUGCAUAUUUAGGCUCUUUGUCAUUACAUUUGUGUCCAGAGGGACGAGUCACAUAAACUAAGGCCCAAUCCAGGGAAAAGCUUCUGAGCUCUAGGAAGAGAGUGCAGGGAGCUACAUAUAGACAGCCUUUAAUAACAAACACUUUAACAUGGAUUUUAUAUGAAUGCCGUUCAGGUACUGCGUUGGCACACAUCAGUUUCCUGCAACUGAUUUUCAUUUGAACAAACACGUGUAUAUGUCGUAUGUGACUGCUUUGAAUCUUUUUAUGAAUAAAAGGUGUUUUAUAUGUACUC